GGAACUCGUAGCGCCAUCUAUAAUAAUAGUUGCAAGCGGAAGUGAAUGCAUGUAGCCUUCUUUCCACGAGGAUUUCGUCAAGAUGCAGAAGCCUACAAAGGAACCCAUCCAGUCCGUGCAGGUGUUCGGAAGGAAGAAAAGUGCAACUGCUGUUGCUUACUGCAGGAGAGGAAAUGGCAAUCUUAGGGUAAAUGGUCGACCGCUUGAGAUGGUAGAACCCAGAGUACUGCAGUACAAGCUACAAGAACCUGUUCUGCUUCUAGGGAAGGAACGGUUCUCUGGUGUAGACAUCAGAGUCAGAGUGAAGGGUGGUGGACAUGUCGCCCAAAUUUAUGCAAUUAGACAAGCCAUUUCAAAGGCAUUAGUCUCAUACUACCAGAAGUAUGUGGAUGAAGCAUCAAAGAAGGAGAUCAAAGAUAUUUUGAUCCAGUAUGAUCGCACAUUGCUGGUGGCUGAUCCCAGGCGUUGUGAACCCAAGAAGUUUGGUGGCCCAGGAGCCCGUGCACGUUACCAGAAGUCAUACCGUUAAUUUGGUUAUGUAUGUGUCUGGUGUUUCAUAUAUGUCUUAAUAAAUAUAUCUUGAAAACAA